AUGUCAGUGGUAGGAUCUUUGAUCUUUUGCACUUAUUGUGGUGACUUGCUCGACUCACACAGUUCUACGUCAGAUAUUAAAUGCACAAUGUGUCUGGCAACUUAUCCUAAAUCCGAAUUCGCCAACCUAAAAGUGGUUACAAAAAGCUCAGACGAUGCGUUCCCUUCCAAGUUGAAACUGGCCAGAUCAGUAGUGAAGACGAGUUUGAGUAAAGAUGAAUUGGAUGAAGGUGCAACUAUAAAGGAAAAAUGCCCCAAGUGUGGGAACGAAGAAAUGCAAUACCAUACCUUACAACUUCGAUCGGCAGAUGAAGGUGCAACAGUAUUUUACACAUGUCCAAGUUGCGGUUACAGAUUCAGGACAAACAAUUAA